AUGAUCUCCAAGAGUGGUUUCGAUUGGUCGCUAAACUUCAAAUGGGUCUACAUACCAUGGGAAUACUUCGACAUCAAGGAGAACAACGUGAAACCGAUCGAAUCCCCAUCGAUGUCCGGUGGACUGCUGGCUGUUCGAAGCGAAUAUUUCCGUUCAUUGGGUGAAUAUGACAUGGGUAUGGAAAUAUGGGGUGGCGAGAAUGUUGACCUUGCUCUCAAGACAUGGAUGUGCGGCGGUCGAGUAGUGGUGGCGCCAUGCAGCCAUGUUGGGCACGUUUUCCGAACUAUGCGGCCUUACAAAGGUAAAGACAACUCGGACACAAACCUCUACAAUUCACUACGUGUGGCGAAGACAUGGCUAGGAAAGUACGAGAAAUACUUCAUGCGAGCUCGUCCGUCGGCAGCAAAAAUGGAUUUUGGAGAUGUGAGCCCUGGGCUUGAGCUGAAGAAGCGUCUUGACUGCAAGGACAUGGAUUGGUAUUUGGAUAAUGUGUAUCCAGAAUUAAAACCGUCGGAAGAACAGGAGAAACACGAAGAGUUAUGA